GCGCGCGCGCGCGCGCUCCCUCCCUCCCUUCCCAAAAUCCCCCGCUGCUGCUCCUCCUCUCCCUCUUCUCCUUCUUCUUCUCCUUCUCUCCUCCUUUCCCUCAUUCCUUCCUUCCUUCCAGCCUCGGAAGAGACACGUCAUGGCUCCCGCUCCAGGCAGCGCCUCAGAGGGCUCAGGCCCCUCGCCUCCCGUUCCUCCUGCGUCCCUUGUCCUUCGCUGGGACCUGACAGCAGCCCAGAUCCACGACGCCACGGCGGAGCUGAUCGAGAGGAGCAAGCGGGUCUAUGAUGCCGUAGGAGCCCUGGAGCAGCAGGAGGUCACCGUCCAGAAUACCCUCAAGGCCCUGGCCGACCUGGAGAUGGACUACACCGUCCAAAGGAACAUGCUGGACUUCCCCCAGCAUGUCUCCCCCUGCAAGGAAGUCCGCACAGCCAGCACCGAAGCCGACAAGAAGCUCUCGGAGUUCGACGUGGAGAUGAGCAUGCGGAGGGAUGUCUACCAGCGCAUCAUCUGGCUCCAGGAGAAGUUGGAAAACGAGGCCAUGAAGCCGGAGGCCAAGCGGUACCUGGAGAGACUGGUCAAACUGGGCAGACGGAACGGCCUCCAUCUCCCCGAGGCCACCCAGGAGAAAAUCAAAGGAAUUAAGAAAAAGCUGAGCAUCCUUUCCAUUGACUUCAACAAAAACCUUAAUGAAGACACCACCUCCCUGCCAUUCACCAAAGAAGAGCUGGGGGGUCUCCCUGAGGAUUUCUUGAACUCCCUGGAGGAGACAGAAGAGGGAAAACUGAAGGUGACCCUCAAGUAUCCCCACUAUUUUCCCCUGAUGAAGAAGUGCAACGUCCCAGAAACCCGGAGGCAGAUGGAGGAGAAGUUCAACUCCCGCUGCAAGGAGGAGAACCAUCUGAUCCUGAAGGAGCUGUUGGAGAUCCGGGCCAGGAAGUCCUCCCUGCUGGGGUUUGACACCCAUGCCGACUUCGCGCUGGAGAUGAACAUGGCCAAGGACGGGAAGACAGUGGCGGCUUUCCUGGAUGACCUGGCAGUCAAGCUGCAGCCAUUGGGGGAGAAAGAGCGGGCGGUGCUGCUGGAGAUGAAGCGGGCAGAGUGCGAGCGGAAGGCGCUGCCCUUCGAUGGACAGAUCCAUGCCUGGGACAUGCGCUACUACAUGAACCAGGUGGAGGAAACCCAGUUUCACGUGGACCAGAACCUGCUGAAGGAGUUCUUCCCCAUGCAAGUGGUGACGGAAGGCCUGCUGAGCAUCUACCAGGAGCUGCUGGGCCUCACUUUCCACCUGGAGGAGGGAGCCCAGGUCUGGCACCCAGACGUCCAGCUCUACACCGUCAAGGACACCGCCUCUGGGGAGACCCUCGGCAAAUUCUACCUAGACCUCUAUCCACGGGAGGGCAAAUAUGGGCACGCGGCUUGCUUUGGCCUCCAGCCCGGCUGCCUGCUGCCCGAUGGGAGCCGCCAGAUAUCAGUGGCUGCCUUGGUGGCCAACUUCACGAAGCCCACAGCCAAAGCGCCUUCCCUCCUGCAGCAUGACGAGGUGGAGACCUACUUCCAUGAGUUUGGACACGUCAUGCAUCAGCUCUGUGCCCAGGCAGACUUUGCCAUGUUCAGCGGAACCAACGUGGAAAGGGACUUUGUGGAAGCCCCUUCACAGAUGCUGGAGAACUGGGUCUGGGAGAAGGAGCCCCUCCAGCGCAUGUCCAGGCACUACAAGACAGGGGAGCCCAUCCCAGACCCCCUCCUGGAGAAGCUCAUCAAAUCCCGCCAGGCCAACACAGGGCUCUUCAACCUGCGGCAGAUUGUUCUGGCCAAAGUUGAUCAGGUUUUGCACACACAAACAAAUGCCGACCCUGCAGAGGAGUACAGCCAGCUUUGUGACAAGAUACUGGGUGUCCCAGCCACUCCAGGUACAAACAUGCCAGCCACAUUUGGUCACUUGGCGGGUGGCUACGAUGCCCAGUACUAUGGCUAUCUCUGGAGCGAGGUCUUCUCCAUGGACAUGUUCUACACACGGUUCAAGCAAGAGGGGAUCAUGAGCCACAAGGUGGGGAUGGAUUACCGGAACUGCAUCCUCCGCCCCGGAGGUUCCCUGGAUGCGUCUGACAUGCUGCUCCGCUUCCUCAAACGAGAACCCAAGCUGGAUGCCUUCCUGGCCAGCAAGGGCCUGAUGGUGGAGCCCACCUCCCUCCCCUUGGCUUCUUGACCUCUGCUGGCACUGACUCUGGCCAAGUAAUCCUCCCUCUCCUUGAAACCAAUUUCUCUCUGUGUGUGUGAAUGCACAUGCGCAUGCACACACACUUUGGGAGUGGUUGAUGUUCUCCGGGUGGUAGUUGAUCUUCCAUGGCUGCACUAGCCCCACUGUUGUAAUCUGUGAGGCGAGGGAGUCUGUCUUGCUCCAGGGGUGGAAGAGGAGGGAGAGAAAGAGGUCUUGGUUGUGUGGGCUAGGGUUUUUGCUAUAUUGCUUCUGGGUUACUUGCCCCCUUCUCACCUGCCUCCAUCCUCUGGCAUCAGAAAUUGGGUGAAGGUACAAUGAAUGCCUCUGUCUUGGGGUUUGGGGGUUCUGGUGCAGAGAGGGAAGAGUGACGAAUAAGCACCACUCGGUCGGGGGGGGGGGGGUGGCUGUUUUUUGGAAAGGCUCCUAGUUCAUUAAUGAAGGGAGUAAUUUACUUGCCUGCCCUAGACACAAACGGCAGUGCAGGCAUCUGGAUUUUUGCCUGCCCAGUGGGUUUUCCAUGACCGGCGGCUGGAGUCCCCUUCUGCUCUGCCUAAAAUGGGGUUACAGAUGGAGAAAUCCUCCCAACUUCACUGUGUCAGGUUUAGCCAAACAAGCAAACAGCUGUACGCCCGUCUCCCAAUGCUACCAAUAAAAAGCGUUUUUCAAAAGUUUAA